AAUCACAAUCGCAACUUGUUUUUCUUCAUUGAAACAUGACACUGUUCAUCAAGUAGAUCUGUGCUUGAAUUCAUACCUUUGUUUCUGCAUCAAAAAGCCAUGGAAGCCCUCCUCUCCCAAUUCACCUUCCUGUCGGAUCAAGCUUUACGAGACAAGAACUUCGAUCCAUCGGCCAUGGAAGACCUAAUGAAGCUCUUCGAGAUCGAGUCUUACAAGGCAUGGCCAGCCACGGAGCUGGAACACGAAGAGCAAGCCGAAAUAACCAUGCAGGAAGCCGAAGACUAUCUCGACUCGGUCAUGGAGACCGCGAUGGACGAGUUCAGGCGGUUCGAAGAGGAAAUGGAACGCGAGUCGAGGGACGAAGUCGAUGAUCUCGAAGAUGCAGCUGAGGAAGCUAGAAGAAUGGGGAAUUUGAUGGAGAAAGGUGCAACUAUUGCCUCAAAUUUUUAUAUUGAAGCUGCUAUGAAAUCUGCUUUCAAGGGACUUUCCACUAACAAGGUUCAUCCAUCAUGAAAUCCGCUUUUGUAAUUUACAUGUACGAUUCAAAGGGCCCUUAUGGGUUUCCUUUGAUGCCACUGUUUUAUUACUCGCUUAUUUCUUAUAAUUGAAAUCCAUGAA